AUGUACGAGACUGGGGGAGAAGAAGGCAGCGGCUUUCAUAUCUUUAAUGUUGCGGAGGACCAAUACCAUCGAGCGGAAGUUCUUCAAAGAACCGGGGCCAUUGACAUUACUUGCAGCCUGGAGAAAGUUGUGUAUGGAGCUAUUUCCGCCGACAGCAACGACUAUGCGAGUUUGAUAGUUAUGCAAUGGUUCUUCCAGCCCAAGGGCUCGCGUCGAAUCUCCGAGCCUACCAUAGAGCUCUUGUUUGAGUCUGAUACGGCUGAUGACGAUGUCGCUGUUGAAAAGAUUUCGUUCCUUGGCACGCACUAUUUGAUGCCAACCAAACAAGACGAAUCAUUCACAAGAGGAAUCAAUCCUACCAUCGGUAUCCAACAGUUUGCAAAUCUCGGCUUAGGUGGCAAAUGGGAGAAAACUACAACGAAGACUGUUUCGGAUGCGAUUAGGCUGUCCGGCGGAAUGCUGGCCCCUAACAACAGACUUCCAAACCGGAUUGCAACAUGGACUAUCUCUGAGAACCGCACACAACCCACGGGGAUUCCCUGCUCGCUAAAGGUCGCCAUACUCGUAUCUAGCAAAGAGCGGAAGAUAUUCCGCUGUAGGCUCGCCUUUACCUGUCAGACAGAUUGCAAGACGGCCGCUCAAAGCUUUUUCAAGAAGAUCCCUAAAGACGACCCCGUCUUAUUCCAGCCAGACUCUCGCGACAAAGGGACCCGUCCAAACAGGAAUGUGGCAUACAGCAAUGACGAGUUGGGCAGCAUCAAUCUUGAUGAACUUGGAGGGGUCACGUUAAAGCCAAUUGUUCCCUAG